UAUAACCGCGCCGGACCACGAUACGACGUGUCAUUCUUAUAUAAUAAAAUUAGCCGCGAGCUCGCAUGACUCGGGCCUCCACGCCCGAGAUAUGCAUCGACCGUUUCCAGGAAUACGAAAAAGCUCCGGGUACAAUAGCAGCCCUCAGUGGACCGCGAUUUCCUGCGAUAAUCGUUAGGUUUUGCACAGAUAGGUAAUGUCUGAUAGAGCAUACACAAUGAAGCUGGAAGCUGAAAUGGCUGCUCCUUUGCAUCUGCAAAGAUUGGAACGCAGCCUCAAUUUGCAGCCUUUCUUAAGACAAAUUAACAAUCUCUUUCAAGAACAAGUUAGUGAAGAUGACAAGUCUGUUUCAUCAGAAUCUUCUGAUGGAUCGGAUGCUUACCUAGAUAAUGUACUCACUCAAAAAGAAGAGGCAAGGAUUAAUAAGUUAAGAUUGUAUAACAUGUCUAGUGUGGGAGAAGAACGGCGUUGGUUACAAGAUAUUUUGUUAAGUGAUUCAUCCGAUAGUUCCGCAUCAGGCUCUGACACAGAUAGCCAAAUCACAGAAGAUGAUUUUCAAGAAAUGUUAAAAUUUCAUAUAUUACGAAAAAAAUAUCAAGGUCGUUUUUAUCAGAAACCAGAAAAUAUACAAUAUCAGUACUACAGUGCAGGUUUAUUAUCGAAUUAUGAUAGAUUUUUAGAACAUCAAAAGUUGAUUGUAGGAAAUAAAAAGAAAAAAGAGAAAAAACCAGAUAAAAAAAUCAUGAGAAUCAAGAAAGAAAAGGUCAAUCGUCAUCAAUCUGAAGAAUACCGUAAAGGAAAUUUCCCAGAAGGAGAAUGGGAUAAAUCAAUUCCUAAAGAGGAAGAAUUAGAUGAAGCUGAAUUAGAAGCUAUAAUGCGUCAUCAACCUCGUGGUAGAGGAAGAAAGAAACAUAACACUAAGAGUGUGGAGGUAAUGACAAUGAGAAGAAGAAAGAUAUGGGUCAUGAUGUCUAAGAAGGAAUUAGGAAAAGUACAAAGGGCCAAAACCAAUAAUCAUAAGGAAAUGCUAAUAAGUUGUAAAAAGGUAGCGCAGCACUGUAUGAAAUAUUGGAGGCAGAAAGCCAUGCAAUCACAGAAAAAUAUGAAAGAAACUAUUUGGAGAGCAAAACGAUUGACAAGAGAAAUGCAAUCUUAUUGGAAACGUUAUGAUCGAGUCGAACGAGAAACGAGGAGAAGAUUAGAAAAGGAAGCUGAGGAACAACGUAAAAUGGAUGUAGAACUUAUCGAAGCAAAACGUCAACAAAGGAAAUUAAAUUUCCUUAUUACUCAAACAGAAUUGUACGCUCAUUUCAUGUCGCGAAAAAUAAAUAAAAUAUCGGCAGAGGAACAAUUUAGAAUCUUGAAUCAAUUGGACGAAGAAAAGAAUCCCAGACUUAUCGGUAUCGACGAUUAUGACAGUGAAAUCAUGAAACAAAAGGCAAAGAGAAAUGUUACUGAGGCAUUUAAUAAUGAAAAAGCGAGAACCAAGCAGUUUGAUACAGCUGCUGCAUCUCAAGAAUUGCGUCUCAGUGAUACACCUGAAAACCUAGAGCACCCUCAACCUUCAAUUUUUAAGGGAAGUCUGAAGGGUUAUCAAUUAAAAGGAAUGAAUUGGUUGGCAAAUUUGUACGAUCAGGGUAUUAGUGGUAUACUAGCUGAUGAGAUGGGUUUAGGAAAAACUGUACAAUCCAUAGCGUUUUUGUGUCAUGUUGCCGAAAGAUAUUCGGUUUGGGGACCAUUUUUAAUUAUAUCGCCAGCUUCAACAUUACAUAAUUGGCAACAGGAAAUGGCAAGAUUUGUACCAGUGUUCAAAGUGGUUCCAUAUUGGGGUAAUCCUCAGGAACGCAAAAUACUGAGACAGUUUUGGGAUACUAAAGAUUUGCAUACGAAAGAAGCUUCUUUCCAUGUAGUAAUAACAAGUUAUCAAUUAGUGAUCACGGAUUAUAAAUAUUUCAAUAGAAUAAAAUGGCAAUACAUGAUUUUGGAUGAAGCGCAAGCUAUUAAAAGCACAAACAGCGUGAGAUGGAAGCUGUUAUUAGGAUUCAGUUGUCGUAAUAGAUUAUUACUCAGUGGUACUCCUAUACAAAACAGCAUGGCAGAAUUAUGGGCAUUAUUACACUUUAUCAUGCCUACAUUGUUUGAUUCACACGAUGAAUUUAACGAAUGGUUCUCCAAAGAUAUUGAAAGUCAUGCAGAGAAUAAAACAGGAAUAGAUGAAAAACACUUAUCAAGGCUUCAUAUGAUCUUGAAACCAUUUAUGUUACGAAGAAUAAAAAAAGAUGUAGAGAAUGAGUUAUCUGAUAAGAUUGAAAUAAUGGUUUAUUGUCCACUUACAACUCGUCAAAAACUGCUUUAUUCAGCAUUGAAGAAAAAGAUUCGGAUAGAGGAUUUACUGCAUUAUACAGUAGGCGGAGGAGACACUGCUUCUAAUGAUAAAAACUUUACUUCCAAUUUGAUGAAUCUAGUCAUGCAGUUCCGAAAGGUCUGUAAUCACCCGGAACUCUUUGAACGUAGGGAUGCUAGAUCGCCGUUUUUUAUGAAUACAGAAUUUUAUAAUAUGCCUGUUUUGCUGUAUAUCGAAGGACUUUUGCAUCUAGCAUUGCCAUCCAAAGAUCAUUUGUUGUAUAACAAAUUUAUAUUUGCUACUGAAUAUAUUCACCGUGCUCUACAUUGCAACGAAAAUUUGUUCGAAAAUGCAUUUUCAUUUAGUAGAUUUAUCGAUUUAUCUCCAAUGGAAAUAAACAAAAUAUUUAUCGCUGGUACCUUAUUUAGAUUAUGUCUUGUAACGUUUAUGGAGCAAAGAUUGAAAAUGGUACAAUAUUGGGAAGAUUGGUGCGUCGAUCACAGAUCGAGAAUACCCGCAAAUCAAAUGUUUUAUUUACCUAGAAAAAUUGGCUCCUUGUCGGCAACAUUGCAAGAUAUAUUUUUUACAAGAAAAAUAAUUGAGGGCGAGGCUUUCUACACACAUACCACCCAUACGAUACAUUCGAUGCCGGAAACGGUUGCUCACAGAAUACUACGUAGCAGUAAGAAAGCCAAUCAACUACCAAAGUUACAAAGGAUACUUCCCACUGGUAAAAUGGAACAAACAGAAGAUUCGAAAUUAUCUCUAUUACACGAACAUCCUCAUCACCCACGGCAGCCUAUAAUGCGAUAUUGUCAACAGACAACGAUUCCUGCCUUUGUUUGUGAUAACAAUCCCAAGGUUCAAGCUAGUCCGCGAAAAUUAUACGUAAGCAAUAGUUCCGCAGCAUGCGCCUGGAAGAGACACGAGGAUUGCGGUGGUUCAUUCGGUCAAAGAUUACUUUGGCUCGGCUCUAAACGAGCAUUUUCUGAAGAGAAAUCAUGCAUUCGUACCGGCCAAACAAUGUCAACGUUUUGCUAUCAACCGCAAGGUGGAUUGUCUGCAUGCGCUCCUCUUAAUGGAUGGUCACAUAUCAUUGUGCCAGAUAAGCAAACAUUAGUGACAGAUGCCGGCAAGCUUUCUGUAUUGGAUAGUCUUUUACGACGUUUGAAGGAACAAGGUCAUAGAGUGCUUAUAUACUCGCAAAUGACGAAGAUGAUUGACUUGCUUGAGGAAUACAUGUAUCACAGAAAACACACAUUUAUGAGAUUAGAUGGCUCCUCAAAGAUCUCGGAUCGACGGGACAUGGUAGCAGAUUUUCAAAAGAGGGCGGACAUAUUCGUCUUUCUGCUCAGCACUAGAGCUGGUGGUCUGGGAAUCAACCUCACCGCGGCAGACACGGUGAUAUUUUAUGAUAGUGAUUGGAAUCCCACUGUAGACCAACAGGCUAUGGAUCGCGCCCACAGACUGGGGCAGACCAAGCAAGUCACGGUCUACCGAUUAAUAUGCAAAGGAACUAUCGAGGAACGAAUUUUGCAAAGAGCGCGCGAGAAGAGCGAGAUACAACGUAUGGUCAUAAGCGGCGGAAAUUUUAAACCCGAUACUCUGAAACCUAAGGAAGUCGUGUCGCUGCUGCUGGACGACGAGGAAAUCGAAGCGAGAUACAGCCAACGAAGCGAGGAGAGAAAGCAGCAGCGAGCAGAAGAGGCUCGCCUCGAGUCGAACCUACAGCACAAGGAGAGGGACCGGAAGAGGAAGUUAACCGCGCUUCCGGUCAAGAAUGAUGCGAAGAAACCGUGUCAUGCAGACGCUAAUGGCGACAAAAACAACGAUACCGUUCAAGUUAAUCUUAAUGAGCCAAAACCAGGCGUCAAUCCGAUUCAGUUGCAGCACCAGAACAAUCAUCAACAGCAGUUAGAAAAUGUAGAUAAUUACAGCACGCCAACAAGCCCGGCCAAGUCAGAAGAUGAAACGAGUAAUGAAGGACUCGUGGUUGACGUGGACGGUCCGAUUUCCGGCGGCGACCACUCUCAUGGACAUUCCCGAGGCAGUUUCGGAGAAUCUUCGUCCAAGGUCGCUCGACUCGGACAUCACUUCGCCCUCGGCGUGAGCGCGAGCGCGCGUAUGCGACAAUCCGUUCGCGGCGCGAGCAAACGCGGCCGACCACGAGGAUCACGCCGGGGCGGACCGAUCGGCGGUAAGGGAAGAGGAAUGCUUCUGAUGCAUCCGUCAUCGAAGGGCCCCAACGCGGCGACCAGCGACUCGCUCUCGAUCAUAUCGCCGAUCGACGGGGGUGGAUCAUCAAACGAGCAGACGCUGCAGCACGGGACUGUCCAUGCGAGCUCCGAUCCUGCCGAAGGAGACGGUCCCAGCACGGUGGGUCCCCUGGGUCCGGUAGGGACCCUGAUACCGCUGUCCGGACGUGGCAGUGCCGCGGGGAUUCGUCGAGGUCCCGGCAGACCGCGAUUGCGACCGACCGGACCCGGACAUCAGGGUUAUCGCGCUCCUGGUCAGCAUCACGGCAAGAAGAUCCAGCGACCGCUGCCGGUGCCCAUCAGAUCCCACCAGACGAUCGGACAGCGCCAGCAGAAGACGCCGUCGUCGCAGCAGCGUUCCCGUGUCUCGACGACCGGCCCGUUGUCUUCGUCGUCGUCAUCGUCGUCGUCGUCGUCGGCAUCGUCGUCGUCCUCGGUCGCCAUCGCGAAUUCGACGCCGCUGCUAUCGUCGUCCUUGGCGGAGCCCUUCGGAUUUUACACGCAGCAACAGCCGCGCACAGGAUCGUCGUAGUUCCGCGAAGGAUUUUCCCUCGAUUUCGCGUCGUUGAAUUAAUUAUUCCUUUCGAAUUGAUCGAGGAACGCGAUAUUAAUAGGUCGGCGCGUUUCCGAAUCGCUCGAAUUUUUACGCGCGCUAUAUAUCGAUGUGUCCCAGCACUUUUUCAAGCACCCUCAGAAUCGAUUAAAAUAAUUGCGUAUAUUUAUUGUGUAUCGCGAGAGUUCGUAUACUCUCAGUCAGCGAUGUUUCCGUAUAUGCGUGACUCAAGCGUGCAAUAUCGCUAAAACGUUAGACUCCCGCCCUCAGUCUCUCUCGCUCCUCGUAAAUUGCAAUUCAAACGCGAAAGGAAGCAGCCUUGACAAUUAAUAGUUAGGAUUUGUUAAUUGUAUUUAUUUCAUUUUACGUUAGAAAAUAAAACAUCGACAUAACUGGGUACUUAAUUCGAUGCUUGCCUUUUCCGGCUUCGUUUUUUUUCUUUUUUUUUCGGAUUCGAGUUCUCGUCGAACGCUUAACUAUUCGUCGCGGGAGUGAAGAGGGCGGGUUCCGUUAUAUCGAUUCGAUUCCACCUGCGUGGUACAUGUGUAGAGAUUUUGAUUUUACUUUUUAAGUAUGCUACAAUUAAUUAGACACACGACGCGGUCGUCGCGUUGCGACGCCGAAUUUCGACGACGAUCAUCGACAGAUCGGAUCCCGAUCGGCGAAAUUUCGUUGAUGAAAAAGGGAGGAGGGAUGACAUUUAGCAACGUCUAUCCCCCUUUCUCCGAGUCGAUCGGCGUCAUUUGUACAUUGUCAUUAAGGAUAGCAUUAUUCCGUCACUAGACUCGGCUAGCCGAUAUUUUUUAUGUAUGUUACGAGACGUCAUUAGGCCAAUUCAAUUUGUAAAAGAAUAGUAUUUAUAUUAGCAAUAAACACAGACGAAAAAUUCAAUCUUCACGAA